AUGGUCCAGAUGUUAACUCAAACUUUGGCCACUGUGCUAAAUCCUCUUAUUGAGAGUACAACUCAGUCGAAUCAACAAAUGACAGCACAAGUGGCUCGAAUGUCUGAGUUUCUUGGUAUUCCUCAGCACCAGCGUCCCCUGCCCAGGGAUUGGGUGAGAGAGAAUCAAGAGCUCACGUUUGAGGAGGACCUCACCAUUAAGCAGAUCCCACAAAAUCAAGGGGGAAUAGUGGUACCUCCUAGGGUCGAACCACAUGUACCCAGAGAACCAAGGGUGUUAAUGGUAAAUAGGAAUCAAAAUGCCGAUGAUAUCAUACAACAAGUUCAACAUGAUGAUGUGGCAGCAGAUAAUAACCUAGCAGUUAUAGUCGAGAGAAUUAUGGUUCGAAAUGGGGUAAAUUUUGGUCUUAGAAGACCAAAUUAUACAUUGCCUUUGGCAGAAUAUGUCUUACAUACAGAUGUGCCCCUGAGGACCAAGAUCCCCAAAUUCACCAAGUUUGUUGGGGAUACUACUGAGUCUACUAUCGAACACGUGGCAAGAUAUCUAAUCGAAGCUGGAGAUAUGUCAAAUAAAGAGAGUAUUCGGAUGAAAUUUUUCCCAAGUUCUCUUACCAAGAAUGCUUUUAGAUGGUUCACAACAUUGCCCCAAAAUUUUAUCCAUUCAUGGAACCAGUUAGAAAUAAUGUUCCAUGAACAGUUCUACAUGGGGCAAACAAAGAUAAGCUUGAAAGAGUUGGCCAGUGUCAGACGAAAAAUUCACUGA